AUGGAUAGUGCAGGGAGCCGGGCAGCGACGGUGGAGGACGGUGCAGUCAAUUUCACAGCAGCCCACCUCUGGUUGGAUCUCCUGAACGCUUCGAGCCCAUCGACCCGGUGGGACAGCAGCCCACCUGCCGAGGGCAGCGGGCUGCACGAGCAGGAGCGACUCGUGCGAGAGCAAGCCUACCGGGACUUCACCACCACCAUUCAGGUUUUCAUCCUCAUAGGUUCGCUAUUCGGUAAUGCCACCGUGUUGUGGUGCACCUGCUGCACAAACGUCUUUAAAACGGUGACCAAUCGAUUCAUCAAGAACCUGGCGUGCUCUGGUAUCUGUGCUGGCCUGGUGUGCAUCCCCUUUGAUGUGGCACUCGGAGCCAGUCCUCGCUGCUGCUGGUGGCUUCACACGCUGGUGCUCUGCAAGACUCUCAAGUUCCUCCACAAACUUUUCUGCUCUGUCACCGUUCUCAGCUUCAGCGCCAUCGCACUGGACAGAUACUACUCAGUGCUGUACCCAUUAGAGAGGAAAAUCUCAGAUGCAAGAUCUCGGGAUCUGGUCAUCUACAUCUGGGUCCAUGCAGCUGUGGCCAGCCUCCCCGUGUUUGCUGUGACCAACGUGACAGAUGUGUACGUAACCUCAUCUUGCUCAGAUGACCACGCACGCUCGCUGGGGCACAUGGUGUACGUGUUGAUCUACAACGUCACCACGGUGAUCCUCCCCCUGGCUCUGGUAUUCCUUUUCAUGCUUCUGAUCCGCAGAGCAGUAAGUGCCAGCCAGAAGAAGAAGGUGAUCAUCGCAGCGCUGCGAACUCCCCAGAACAGCAUUUCCAUCCCAUAUGUGUCCCAGAGAGAAGCUGAGCUACAUGCAACUCUUCUGGCUGUAGUACUGGCUUUCUCAGCCUGCAGCGCCCCCUAUGGGGCAUUGGUGGUUUACCGCACUAUUUUGGCAGACACUAAAGAAUUGCCUGUCUCACUAUAUCUCACAGCCCUCUGGCUUCCUAAGGUAUCCUUGCUCACAAACCCACUUUUGUUUCUGACUGUUAACCGUUCAGCGCGUCAUAGCUGGCUGGACCUGCUGGCCAGGAUUCACAGACGUUACAGCCGCCGUAACGUGGUUAGCAGCGGGGGCCUGGCCUCUUUAGGGGCAGAUGGCGUGAUCGGGGAGCCAGUGGGACUGGAGACAGCUGGUCGCUCUGGAAGCCAGCUUCUAGAGAUGUUUAACAUUGGCCAACAGCAGAUCUUCAGACCCUCUGAAGAAGAAGAAGAGGAGGAUGUGGAGAAUCAGAUCCCAUCUCAAGGGUCAGGAGGCUGCUCAGGGGCCAAAGAGGACCAAAAAGGUGGGUCAAGAAUGGGGAGCCUUAGAGGUGAAGUGAUUACCAAAAAGGACUCUCUACAGGGUACAGGCGGGUUGGUCAUCACCAAGGAGGUCCCUCCUUCAAUUAUAGCACCUCGGGCUUCUCCGGUCCACACAUGCGCUUAUGCCUCUUCAUCACAGGUGGCACCUGCUACACCUACAGAAGCAGAGGACUCCCCUCAGUUUGGUUUUGGACCAUUUGAGCUGCCACCUCAGUGGUUACCUGAAACCAGGAACAGCAAGAAGAGGCUGCUGCCACCACUGGGUAACACACCUGAGGAACUGAUCCAGACCAAAGUGCCAAAGCAGAGGCCCGAACGCAGGAUCAGCAGGAACAACAAGGUCAGCACAAUUCCCACUGUGGACCCAUGAACUGUACUAUUGGCCUCUGAUCUACAUCACUGGAAAAACACAACUGUGUUGGCCCAAACAGACCUGGGAAAGACAUUGGUGUAUGCAUGGUUUCUUCUGGUCCCUUCUUCUGAUUUGAAGUUGUAGCCAUUGUAGACAAUCAGGUGUUACUGCAGAAAAGCAGGUUCCCUGAAGCACUGUAUUUCUUGUGUGAAACAAUUUGAUAUCAAUUUAAUAUUUAUAAUCUGAGAAAUAUGUCCAUUCCAUCCAAUUUUGCUACAUUGAGAGGUCCAGUUUUAGAAUUGAGCAUGCAAUUGACAGAUACCUUUUUGAAUCUUUUUUUUUAUUGGAGGUGGCAUCAGUAGCCAGAUGAACACUGUACAAAUCCAAUUAUCCUGAGGGAUGCACUGAUAAUGGAUAAUGUAUUUCUACAGCAAACAAUCAAGCAAGUAUAAUGAACCUGCUAACAAAACAUUUUUUAAAAAUAGUUCUAAUCUGAUUGCACUCUGUAUAUGAACACAUCUCGGUGUCCUUUUACUUAACCCAUUGUGGGACUGUUUUUUGUAACUGAGUUUUGCAGAUUUUUUUGGGGGGGGGAUUAACAAACUGCUGUCCUUUUUCUCAAGUUCCACUUUUAGAACAGUUCUUCUAAUGUCUUAGAUGUUGUAGUUGUGAUUUUUACUUAAGAUGUGGGUGGAUUUCACAAGAUGAAAACACAGGUGUAGAAUGUGCAAAGACAAGUUUACAGUGCGAAACAAUCAGAGUUCAGCUGUCUGUAUAGUCUUGGUUUCUGGAACCCAAGUGCAUCAAUUAGACUGAAGUUUACAGGUUCAUCCAGGCCUGGGAUCUUUUAGCCACCUUAGAACAAUUUUAAUGUUUUCUCAUAGAUUUCCU